AUGUUUCGCGCAUUGGUGGUGUUUGCUUUGCUCGUCGCUGUCCACGCUGGGCGUUCGCCAAAUGCAGAUAUCCUUGAAGAACUUUUAGGUGAUCUAAAUGGCCGUUUUUCUGAUAACGUAGAAGAAGAUGCCAGGCUAGAUGUUCCCGACCUUGUUACAAAAUAUGGAUAUAACCUAGAGGAGCAUACAGUAGUUACUCCAGAUGGCUAUAUAUUGGGAAUGCACCGUAUACCACACGGUCGCGACAACAAUAACUUCCCAGGGGACAAACCUGUCAUUUUCUUAAUGCACGGUUUGCUGGGAUCCUCUGCUGACUAUGUACUCAUGGGCCCAGGUUCCGGAUUAGCUUAUAUACUUGCCGAGGAAGGUUUCGAUGUUUGGAUGGGAAAUGCCCGCGGAAACUAUUAUUCACGCAAGCAUUUAAGAUUGCGCCCGGAUGCACUUCUAAACACAGACUUUUGGGAUUUCUCUUGGGAUGAAAUAGGAAACAUUGACUUACCUUCUAUGAUUGAUCAUGUUCUUGCCUAUACCGGCAGAUCUAAGUUGCAUUAUAUUGGAUUCUCACAAGGAACUACUUCGUUCUUUGUCAUGACAUCACUAAGACCCGAAUAUAAUGAAAAGAUAAUAUCUAUGCAUGCUUUAGCUCCAGUGGCUUAUAUGGCACAUAACAAAAAUCUUCUGUUUAAUGCUUUAGCUCCUUUUUCCAAAAGUUUGACGAGUCUAGUCGCCCUGAUUGGUAUCGGUGAAUUUUUACCAAAUAGACUGAUAUAUACUUGGGCUGGACAAGCGUUGUGUAGAGAUGAAGCAGUAUUACAACCAGUUUGUAGUAGUAUACUUUUCUUGAUCGCUGGGUGGAAUGAAAACCAGCAUAAUGCUACAAUGUUACCUGUUAUCUUUGGUCACACACCAGCUGGCGCAUCAGUGAGGCAGCUUGCUCACUAUGGUCAAGGCAUAGCAGACAAACAUUUCCGUCGGUAUGAUUUUGGGCGCACCCAGAAUAGGCGAAGAUAUGGAAGCCGUACCCCUCCGUCAUACGACUUAGGAAAAAUCACUACACCUGUGUUCUUACACUAUUCAGACAACGAUCCACUAGCUCAUGUGAAUGACGUUUUUAGAUUGUUCAAUGAGCUUGCAAACCCGGUUGGCUUAUUCAGAGUUCAACAAGCUACAUUUAGUCAUCUGGACUUCUUGUACGGCAUUGAUGUUAAGAAGCUAGUUUAUGAUCGAGUUAUCAAUUUAAUACGUACAAUGGAUGAUCUUGGUGUAUAG